CUAGAUAGAAUAGUAAACAUACACAUUCUUUAAAUUUUUCUAAACCGGAUAGAGGCACCGGGAGAAAUCCUGCUUUUUUUAUAUUGUACAGUUUUAUUACCAGAAUAUCAAAAUGAAUGAAACCGAUAUAAUGACAAACAUAAGACCGGAUAUUCUCUCUGUAAACGGUAUUUUGCUAAGCGCCAAAGCUAAGUAUGGGGAUAUGUCCAAAAUAAUAUAUAAAGGAUUCGCAGGUGAAAAUGCAAUUUCUUAUAUUCAUGAAUCUCUGAGAACGUUUCUAAAUGACAAGAAAUAUUUGGAAAAAGACUUGCCUAAUUCUGAAUUCAAGAAUUACUUUGAAGAGCUUGCGUUAUUACUGUUAGUUAACUGUGAGUUCUCUAAGCCAAUUGAUAUGGAAGAAUAUAAAUAUUUCACAUAUAAUAUUCCCAGAAUUUCAAAGUAUGUGGUUACUAAAGUAAUUACCAAUAUGAAAAUGAUAGAACAUUAUUGUACAGCUCUAAAAAAACUUCCUCUGCAGUACUCUUGCGAAAUAUUCCCUGAAUUUGUACCUAUUUUGGAUAAAGUGGAAUCAUCUCAAUUAUUAACAGAUGUUCACCUGAUUUUGUCUACAAUAGCCACUUUAUAUAUGAAUAAUCAAGAAAUGAAACAUUCAGAUUGCAUGGAUAUGUUACUGAGGAAUGUUCCAGAUUUUUUUUUCUUCUUAACUAGAAUAUCAGCAAAUGAUGCAACUAAAUUAAAAAAAAAUUUAGUAUAUAAAAGAGCAGGACUUGUAUUGGAAAAAUUAUUUGAUUUGCUUUUUUUCUGUCAUAAAAAUAACAUGCUGGAAGGUAUAUUCAUAAUCAAACUAAUAGAUUCAACAACUUCAAUUGUAAGGGCUGUAUCCUUAGACAUGUUUAUAUAUUGGGCAGAGGUUGAUCUGCCUGAUGGUCAAAGUUUACAAUCUUAUCUAGCAGAAAGUGCGUAUUCAAUAAAUGUAAAAUAUGGAAACUUUAAACCUGCGGCAGAUUUAGUUCAGUCUUUGAAGCCAUUUGCGGCCAAACCUAAAGAUAUAAAAGAACUAAUACAUACGGCUGAUUUAGAUAAAAUCGUUUUGAUGGUAAAUAGAGCUGAUGAGAACCAAAAAAAGUGGUUUCAAGCUCUUUUGUUUUCUCCAUUUUAUUCCAACAAAAAAGCUAUUGAAUGUGUUUAUAAAUGGGGUCAAUUAUGUGAUGAAGAGGAUGUCAGCAGAAUCUUAAAUCAAUCAGCUAGUGUUAAAGAUGAAGAACCAAAAAAAUUAGCACUGAAAUGUGCAUCUUUGUUGAGUUUGGAACAGUUAAUUGUUGUUGUAAUAAGACAUUUUUACAAAAAUGGUUUCGUUAUUUUGCAUGAUAACCAUCAAGAACUAGUCUUAUGGUUCAAUAAGCUGAAAGAUUCUGAGUUGGUUACUGAAGAAAACAAUCUUGAAUUGUUACUAUUCAUUCUUGCAAAUCCUGAUUUUGCUGUGCAUUUUAUACUCACAGAAUGCAUCAAAAGUGAAUUUUAUAUUUCUUCAUUGCACAGUUGCUUUAAAAAGCUGAAAGAUAUUUGGAAAAUACAUGAUAUCUGUCUGAACAAUUUGAAGAGAAUUAUGACAAAAACUCCACCUAGCUUAGAAACUAGCCACUCGUACACGAAAUUAAUUCAAAUAUUGUAUGAUAUAAAUUUAAUUACGUUCGAAGUAUUUUCUAGUAAAAUUAUAUGUCCUCUCCUAGAAGAAUAUUAUAAAUGUGAGAAAAAUCAAGAGAUGAAGUAUUUGCUAUCAAUACUCAAUAAUCUAGAGUUGAGGAUUUCAUUGGGUGAUGGCACAAAGAAAUUUUUUGAAAUCCUUCUAGGAAUUUUACAGAGAAGAACAUCGUUUCAAAAUCACAAUACGGCCAUACAGAGUGUCAUUCAGGAAGUGGUCCAUUUGAUAUUGGAUAAAACAUCUCUCAACCAGCAAAUUGAUUCUUUGUUUUUUACACAGAAUUCUGAGGAAGACAAAAUGCUCACCUACUAUAAACAUUAUUUAUGCAACUCCAUAGAGACUAAAACAUUUUUCCAGUAUAUGCUGGGUGAUAUCAGUACUGAUCAUAGAACAACUGUCAUUUGUGCUUUCGUUAAGAUUUUGCCUGCAUGUGUCCAAGAUGAAUGGAUGGCAAUAUGGUCUGAAGUAUCUCAGAAAAUUGGUUUAAUCGAACUCAUCCAUAUACUGAAAGACACGAUCAUUCUACUUACUGAUUUCAGUAGAAACCAAGAAGGGUCAACAAAUUUCUCUAUAUACCUAGAAGCUUUGAGAUAUCUUGUGCAUCAGUACGGAUUUAUUUUGAAGACUAGAAUCCUACCUUUAAAUAACGAAGAAAAUGAAAUAGCUAUAACUCAGUCCUUAGUCAGUUUGAUGGCUCAUUUCCCAGAAAAUUUAAAAGAAACAGAAGGAUUAAAUAUUAUAAAUUCCAUGAUGACCAACCGAUCAUUGAAACAUUUAGGAAAUGAUCAAGAUUUCCUCAAUAAAAUAUGCAGAAUCAAAAAUACCACUCUCUGUCAAGUGAUUGCUUCAAAAAUAUUAAAUUAAGCAAACGUUCAAAUUUGAAAUGAUUUUUAUUUUCUUUAUAAAAUUUUUUGAUAUUACAUUUGUUGAAAAAAAAACCCUGAAGAACCAA